AUGCUUCCUUGGAAUACAGUUGAUAAGUUGAUCAAGAAGACAAACCUGGCCUUGGUGGUGGGAAGCAGCAGCUGGAGGGAGCAGUUUGUCAAUGCUGUUACUGUUAGUGCAGGGGACGACGAUGAGGAGGAGAGUGGUGAAGAGCGGCUCCCCUCCUGCUUUGACUACAUCAUGCAUUUCCUCACUGUUUUCUGGAAGGUCCUGUUCGCCUUUGUCCCACCGACAGAGUACUGGAACGGCUGGGCCUGCUUCAUUGUCUCCAUAUCACUGAUCGGCGUGCUCACUGCUGUCACCGGUGAUCUGGCGUCACACUUUGGCUGCACAAUAGGACUGAAGGACUCUGUGACGGCCGUGGUGUUUGUGGCGUUGGGGACAUCUGUGCCAGACACGUUUGCCAGCAAGGUUGCAGCCAUCCAGGACCAGUACGCAGACGCCUCCAUUGGAAACGUCACCGGCUCCAACGCUGUCAACGUCUUCCUGGGCAUCGGGGUGGCGUGGACCAUUGCCGCCAUAGCCUGGCGCUCCAAGGGAAAGCCUUUCAAAGUGAACCCCGGAAACCUGGCCUUCUCCGUCACCCUCUUCACCAUCCUGGCUUGUUUGUGCGUGCUCGUACUGCUGUACCGGAGAAGGGCAACCGUGGCUGGCGGCGAACUGGGAGGACCACGGACUUGCAAGUUGAUAACAUCCCUGUUGUUCAUCUCCAUGUGGCUGAUUUACAUCCUUCUAGCUUCUAUGGAGGCCUACUGCCAUAUACCAGGGUUUUAA